AUGGGCAAUCCUCCGUCGCCAAAGCCUUAUCGGGAUGACCCUGACGCCGUGUCGCUUCACACGACUGCGGGGGAACCCUCUUACGCUCACAUAGAGGACGACGUUCUCAACGGCGAUGACGCACCACCGCCUGCAUACCAUGAUACACCGACUCUGGGUUCAAGCACUCCAGCGAUGGCUCCCAUCGGCAGCACCGACAUUGAAGAAGAACUUCUUCAAACAGGUGUCACCCAGCCCGAGUCUCACAUCGCCUUCACUUCCAACCGCAUCGGUCAGAAGCGCACUCGCAUCGGCAACGAAGUGAAUGCAGUGCGCGAUCCUCGCUCAGAUGCAGAUCCAGAAUUUCUCGAGAACUGGGUCAGAACCAUGGCAAGGUUUCCUCCUUCGCCGUAUAUCAACAUAACCGGAACUCACAAGGAAACCAAGCGCGAUAGCGAUGGCAAGAGCAAGCGUGAGGAAGUCACUGACUUCAGGAUCAUGGUGAAUUUGCAGAAUUAUCUGUAUCCCAAUUUCAUCGUAAAUCCUAUUGGCAACUCGACGCUCAAGACUGUCGAGAGUGGUGAGAAGACAUAUCGCGGCACGGUGUUGAAGAAACGUCAGGACGGCGUGAAAGGCGAUAUCGAAGUUGGUCAUGCGAAGCCGACCCUGAAGGAAUGGUGUCACCGAUACUGUGCGAAAGCAGCUGGCACCAAAGUAACAGUCACUGGCAUGGAUGAGACCUUCUUCCGCAACAGUCUGAAAAACUAUGUCCGAAGCUCCAACUACAAAGGAAAUCUCACCAUCGAAUUCCCGGUCGCCGACCGAGCAGUCGACAUCUACUCGUCCAACCGCCUAAAUACGUGGCGCCUGACGACCUGGAUCUGCUGGAUCUUCUACCUCACGUUUCUCUGGAUCUUCUCAUGGCCAAUCCUCUUUUUCAUCACGAAGCGGUAUCAAGUCGUCUGUGCUGAAUGGCCAUUCUCUCUGACUGAUGCAAAUGGCCAGAAGCGCUAUACCACUGUUAGUGAGCAGCAAUGGGUGGACUUGUAUGGACCCGCCAUCAAGCAGCUUUGUCUGGACCGGUAUGAGGGCUUGGCAGGUGAUGCAUUUCUGAAUCAGGUUCUAGAGAGGGGAGAUGCGAACACGAGAAAUGAAGGUGUUGAUACGAGGGCUGCUAUGGGAGUUGCCGCCGCUGCCUUCCAGGGCGGAAGAUUCAAUGCUGUUAAUGGUGCGAGGAGUCUGAUGCGUAUUGCUGGGGCGUCGAGUGAUCAGAUCGGUUGGGGCUUUGAUACGUGA